ACAGGGUGAUGUCCGUGCGGUGGCUCUUGAGCUGCAAACAAUAUGCCCAUUGUAAAAUACCCCAGAGCUACAGAGCCUCUCUGGCAUGAAUGGGACAGGAAAGCACAGAAAUGUGGAUUAAGACACACUGUCUAUGCUGUAAAUGGGGAUCAGUACACUGGGGAAUGGCUGGACAACUUGAAACACGGUAAAGGCUUCCAGGUCUGGAAACGCACCAGAGCUAUUUAUAGCGGUGACUGGAAGUUUGGGAAGCGGGAUGGUUAUGGAACAUACAGCAUUCCUGACCCUGUCACCAAGGAAUACAAGAAGGUGUACAUAGGCUGGUGGAAGAACAACAAGCAAUGGGGCUACGGGGAGAUGUGUUACCCGGGCAACGAGCGCUAUGCGGGCGAGUGGAGCGACGGGCUGCGGAGCGGCUGGGGACGGCUGCAGGGCCGGGACGGCUCCAGCUACGAGGGGCAGUGGCUGCAGGACCGGCCGCACGGGCAGGGGACGCUGCAGCUCCCAAAUGGGAAUUGGUACGAAGGAGGUUGGAAAGAUGGGAAGAAGCAUGGCCCAGGGAAAUUCUGCUACUUGGAUAAGGGCCAGUUGUUGGAAGGUCUCUGGGAAGCAGAUACACCAAAAUGUGGAAUUCUGAUUGACUUUGGCAGAGAUGAAGCUCCUGCCCCUCCUCAGUAUCCAAUCCCAAAGAUUGAACUAGCUGAUCCAGAUGGUGUUUUAGCAGAGGCCUGGGCAGUGUUUGAUGACAGCCAAAAGAAAUAA